AUGUCCUCCCGCUUCGUCUCAGCCGGCUCAAUAGACGCCACCACGGGCGAAGCCACCACCGAACACGCCGGCCCAUCCGACUCCCAACAGCAGCAGCCACCACCCGUGAGCCAAAAGUCAAAGGAAUGGGCAGAAGUCACCCAGCAGCUGGAAUCCGACCGCCAGAGACGGAUUCUCCAGGCGAAGCAAGCGCAGGAGGGAGGGGAGAAGAGUCUGUACGAGGUUCUCCAAGCGAACAAAGCGGCCAAGCAGGCCGAGUUUGAGGAGAAGAGCAAGUUGAAGAAUCAGUUUAGGGCUUUGGAUGAGGACGAGAUUGAUUUUCUGGAUGAGGUUGAGCGCCGGAGGAAGGAGGAGGAGGAGAGGAGGAGGAGAGAGGAGGAGGAGGGGCUGAGGGCGUUUAGGGAGAUCAAAUCUUCUAGGGAGAAGGGGGAGAGUGAGGAGGAGGAGGUGGAGGUGGAGGGGUGGGAUUUUGGGGGGGAGGGGGGGAGGAGGAGGAAGCGGAGGGCGGAGGGGAGGAGGUUGUUGGUCAAGAAGGUGAAGAGGGAGGAGAAGAUGGAUGAUGCUGAAGGGUCGCCGGCAGGGAAGCCGAGUGGUGGUUUGGUGGGUGGUGGCUCUGGUGGCGAUAAGAAGGCGACAGAGGUGGUGGUGGACAAGGCUGCAGCAACUGCUUCAGUUCCAAAACCAGCAGAAGCGCCAGCGGUUUCGGCCAGGAAGGCGGCUGGUGGUCUGGUGGAUUAUGGCUCUGAUAGCGAUGAGCUCAGCUCUGCGUACGCCUACAUCGGCGGUUGGGAAUGA